AAGAAGCGUUCACUCCCUCCAGAGGAGCGCACAGCUUUUUGAAGGAGCCAGUGGAGGGGGAAAAAACAAUCCAGUCAGCGUUUUGUAGCACUUUUAGAUGAGUUCCUCUGCCUCGUUAGAGAUAUUGGCAUAGCUGACAGAUCAUUUUACGCCAGUUUAAGGAAUGUUUUAGAGACAAAUUGUCUCCAAGGGGCAAUUGGAGCGGGCAGCCUGAGCCCUUAUGAUGCGGAGAGAUCAAGUCUCAGUAGUUUGUCGGUAUGAACGCAGCGCAGACGGACCCUGAGAAACUGCUUUCAUGGAUUGACUGAUUGAUUGAUUGGCAUUUGAUUUUUGAUUUUUUUUCAAUAUCAGAGGAUUUUUCUGUGUCGUGGUUAGUCUAUAAUAAAAAAAAAAUCGUGGAUUACUAUUUGGGGUCGAGGAUUUUUUCGGAGGUGCGUUUUUAAUGAGGAUAUUGAUUUUUUAUUUUUUUUUACAGUUAGCCUACGCCUGGGUCAAGGAUCCGAAAAGGGGAAUUAACCUUUCACGAGGUGGAAAUAUUAGUCGUAGUGGACCCUAACUCAUCUCUCUUGCCGCUGAGUCCAAUAUGAAGUCUGUCACAGUGUGGAUGUGCGUUCACAUCUUUCUCCUGCUCUUAGGUGAGUCAGCGAGUUUCUGGGACGGUCCCUCAGCUUUGUCCAUUUCCUUGGCCAACGGUUCUCCAGGAUCUCUGGGCGCCGGGUCUGGGCCCGGAGCUCAGCCAGAAUGGGUGGACUGCAUCCAGGCGAGUGACAUGUGCAACCAGAACCCUCACUGCAGCUCUCGGUACCGGGUGAUGCGCCAGUGUCUUGUGGGCAAGGAGAAGGAAGCAAUGCUGGACAACAACAGGGAGUGCCAGGCUGCCUUGGAAGUGCUCCUGGUUAGUCCUCUGUAUGACUGCCGCUGCAAGAGGAGCAUGAAAAAGGAGCUGCAGUGUCUGCAGAACUACUGGACCAUCCACAUGGGACUCACUGAAGGUGGAGGCAUGGAUGACACUUCCCCGUAUGAACCUGUGGCACCAAACCGACACCAUGACGCAUUUCGCUUGGCCUCCAUCUCUUCAGGGAUGCUCACAGUGGCCCCAAAAGGUUUCCACUGUGUCGACGCCGAGAGAAACUGCAACCCCUGUCUUGAUGCGGCCAAAGCCUGCAACCUCAACAGCAGCUGCAAGAGACAACGCUCCGCCUACAUCGCUACCUGCAGUAAGGAGGACCCCAACAAGGGUGAAGCCUGCAGCAAGAAGCGCUGCCACAAAGCGCUGAGGUUGUUCCUGGACCGCGUGCCCCCUGAGUUUAGCCACCGGCUGCUCUUCUGUCCCUGCCAGAGUGUGGGCUGUGCCGAGCGACGCAGGCAGACAAUCGUUCCUGAUUGCUCCUAUAAAGAUAAGGAGAAACCCAACUGUCUGGAGCUACGCAAGGUCUGCCGCCAGGACUCUCUCUGCAGGUCUAGGCUGGCUGAUUACUUGGUGAACUGCUGGCAGAGUCCGCAGACAGAGCGCACCUGUCCCAACCAAGACAAUCACCAAGCCUGCUUGGCCUCCUACGCAAGGCUCAUCGGGACAGACAUGACUCCCAACUAUGUCGACAGCAGCUUCUCCAACUGGACCAUCUCCCCGUGGUGCACCUGUAAGGGCAGUGGAAACCAAGAAGAGGAAUGUAUGAACUUCCUGCGGUACUUCACCGAUAACACAUGCCUAAGAAAUGCCAUUCAGGCCUUCGGUUACGGGAUAGACAACAUGCAGAACAAAAAUGAGUCUGUCCCUGGCCCAUCAGCGACGACGAAGAUGGGGUCGGAUUGGUCGACAGCCACCUCAGAGCCUCCCUUUGUCACCAUCCCAAAGUAUCCUGAACCAAGAGACGGUGGCCUGGCCAAAACCCGUGGCCUGCCAGAGGAUCACUCUGCCUGUCUGUGUGCCAACGUCUGGGCAGUGCUUCCCGGCCUGGCGUUGGCUCUUGUCCUGGCCCAGCAUGCCUUAUAGAAGCGCCAGGAGGAGAAAAAAGAGGUCAUCCACCCACAAGCUGAUCCCAAAAGCAGAAGGUGUUAUUUCUGAGACUGAUAUUAAGAAGGCUGAAUCUCUCGGCAGUUGAAAUAAAUGGCAUUCAUGAAAGAGGAAAAAAAACAAAAAGAAAUGGAAAAUAUUGAAAUUUUACAAUUGUGAAUUUGUUGUUCAUUUGAUGUAUUGUUAGGUCGGACCAUGACUGUGAUGAAGCACAUGGCUUUUAAAAGGUCCCUUGGUAAGAGAGACCACGAAAGCCAUUCUCUGGGAACGUCUCUCCCUCAGACUGAGACAAAAAUCCUGGAGGGCUGAAGCUGAUCAUUUCAAAGACUUCUGCACUUUUCUCACCAAAGGAGGGAAUGAACAACAUAAUUAAAAGAAGACUGGAUUGACAGAAAAUAAAUUGUUGCAGAGAGAAAGGGAAUGAGUAAGAGGUAAAUGGGGUAGAGUGAGAGCGAAAGGAGGAAGAGAGAGAGAGAGAGAGAGAAAGAGACAUAUUUCUGCUAUCAGUCACACUUCUUUUGUCUUGAAUUGGUUCUCGACUUAAUCUUCUCUUGGAUGAACAGACCACGAAUUUAGGGGCGGGGAUGGGGGAUGAUUAUAUUCUGUCUCUUCAACACUAGUGUAAACUCUAAACUGUAAAGCCUACUCAGUGUUCUAAGUGUUGGUAUAGUAUCCGUGACCAUAAUCAAUCUACCGUACAGCUCUUUCAUUUGGGUACGUAUACUUUUUCAGCAGGCGGCGAAAAGAAUUAAAGAUGUUGAAGUAAACAGUUAAUAAUGGUCCUUUGGUCAUUUGAGAUGUUGUUGUUAAUGACUGUGGGUGUUCGCCAUACGUCCACCUGCACAUGUGUAUAUUUCUGUCUCUAUGUAUAUAAACAACGUUUUUCUUUCAUUCAACCAAAUAAUAUCUACGGUACCUUGAAUGGACUGUACUCUAAGAUUGCUCUGUAUUGGUACUAAUGGAAAGCCUUCAUUAUCUGCGUUUAUAUUUGUCUAUAAAGGUUUGAUCACAAGAAUGUAUACAGGGAUGAGAUUAAACAAGCUCAAACUGCUUGGAAAGCCAUAACCCCGUGUGUGAGUAUCAUACUGUGUUCACUGAGUGUGUGUGUGGACAAUUAUUACAAUGUGUGUGCACCUAUGUUUCCAUGCAGGAGAAAAGAAGCUUAUUAGGAGGAGUUUAAAUUGCCAGUGUGGGGGUUCGUUCUGCCCCCCUCAGAGAACAGAGGUUAUGAUGCAUAGUGUAAUUAACUGCAAGGUUUUUUGAGAGUCAGGACAGCCACCAGUUUUUAGUGGUGCUUGUGACCCAGUCUUUUAACUCUAUAGUUCAUCUUUUAAUAUAAUAUUUUAAAAGUCCCAUAUUUUAGGCAUAAAAAAAAUUAACUUCAUCUAUUAACUGAAAGAUAUUUUGUUGAAAAGAACGUCCUUUAAGAAGUACAUUUUUGAAUACUGGCUGCCUUCAAAACAAUAGUUGUGAAAAUGCAACGUGUCAAUUUAAAGGAAUAAUCCGACAUUUUGGAAAAUACGCUUAUUCACUUUCUUGCAGAGAACUAUACGAGAAGAUCAAUAACAGUCUCAUAUCUGUACACUGAAUACGAAGUCACCGCACAAGCAUAAAGACUAGAAACGGAGAACCACCUCUGAAGCUCAUUGAUUCACACGCAAUAUCUUGUGUGUUGUGUGAAUAUGAUGUAAUUUAGGUGGGGUUUGUGCAAAGCUAACUGUAUUUAGUCAACAUGAAAGUAGUAUGAAUCUGAUGUGGCAAUUUUAUACUUUUGACAAAAAGGUACUUCUUAAGGGAUAGUUCACAUUUUUACUUAUAACUCAAAGGCCUCAUAUGUACAUUGAAAAACAUAUUCAUAUGUCCUGUUCACAUGUGAUGGGAUCCCUUCCUACAGAGGACGUGGAUCUCGCCCCUUAUGUUUGCUAGAAAGAGUUUCCUUCAUGACCAAUCAUUUUUCCAAUGUACAUAUGGGCUAGUGAGUGUAAAAUAAAAUAAAAAUCCUUCCUAUCCUUUAAAAACAUUCUGCAGAAUCAUUUAACAUGUAUUUGUGUAUGUUUUUACAUACAUCAUAUGUUUUCCUUGCAGUGAAUGAAUGCUGACUGUAACUGAUGCACAAUCAGUGUUUCCACCAAAAUGUUUAUGUCUUCAGGCGGCACAUCGAGUUUAGUGUUGUGCCACAUAAAUGCAUGCUACCGAAUCAAACAGCUUUAUGUUCCCGGCUGAUUUGGAAAAAAGGUUUACAAUCUGUCACGGGAACAGAUGUAAAAUUAAACUCUGCUCAAUAUUUAUUGUUAACUGUAAAUGCAGCGUAUACAGUGUGGUCAGGUCUGGCAGAAAUUACAGUGAUUUCCUAAACUGGUGUGUUUCCUGCUCUGGGCUUCUGAGAAUAUAAAAUGUCAAACUUCUGAAUAUUAUAUGUAUCAUUUUACACAUUCAACAAAUUUGAACACCGUGUUAGAUGUUUUGGCUCGGUCUUGUUAUGAUUUUGGAUGUCAAUAGAUAUGGUCACUUUAUGAGGUCAACAGUCCAGACUUUUCAGAACAAAGAAUUAUGUCAACAUUUCCAACUAGCAUAUUAUUUCAAAAGAUAAAGUCAUUAGUAAUUUCCGCUUGCUGUCAGAAGCAUCUCUUUUUUUUUAUCAGAUAUUAUUCCUGGCAAUGCAGCAGUCCUUUUGAAUUAUGAUGUAAUUGUUUAUAAACUCAAGUUAUAGAAAACAUGUUUCUACAUAGUUGUCUAAGUAAAACAAAAAAUAAGAAAACAGGCGGGAUGUGUUCAAUUUAAACAAAUCUAUCUACUCAUCGAUCUAAAACAUUAUCUGCAACCCUGAUAGUAAAAGUCAGGCUCUGUGUUUGAGAAUGAAAAAGCAAAGGUUUCUUAUCUCACAUCGACAUUUAACAACUUCAGAGGGAAGAAAUCCAUCAAAGCAGAGCUUCAGUUCUCCUGCAAGAACCGCCUCUGUAGUCCAUAAUGCAAUACAGUCACAACGUCACAGACAUGGUUCCUCUUUAAAGCAGGAAAACCUUAUUACAAUUAUGUUAUGCUUACAUUUUCAUAUUCAAUUACAAAUAUAGUAUAUUUGAGCUUACAAUGUCAGGAAGUGUUUGUCCAGUUUGACACUUGGGCCUUUCUUUACCUGCAGUUACACCUUUAUGUAUUUUUGCAUUUUGCCUGAAUAAUUUAGAGCUCAGUUUGGGUCUACAGCAGGGUUAUUACUCAGAGAAGGUAAAAUGCAGACAGACUGCAGCAUUUGUACGUGGAUGAUAAGAAGGAAUCUGGUGAUGUUUCUGGGAUGUGUACUGUGAGAAGUCAAUGACUGGCACUUCAGUUCAACCUUUCUGACAACAUAAAAUGUUUUUGGCUUUCACUUCAUGCGUGCAACCAAAUAGAGUUCUUCAUGCCUCCGCAGAGUACCGUAAAUGUAAAUCACUGCAUUUGCCUGUUAGCAGUAUAUUCUGUUCCAUAAAUGCAACAUGAAAGUGAA